AUGAGCACUCUACUCUGUUAUUUUUGUAGACUGUUUGGCAGAUUCUUCGGUUAUUCUCUGGGCAGAGCGCAAAAGUUUUACAUGGAUCUAUUUUUAAAAGAGACAAAGACUCUCCAGAGAGUGCUGUACAAGUCUAAAAAUGCACACAGGUGCACGCUGUACUACAGGAAGACAGUGCACGUGUACAGACUAAUCAGAAAGUACUUAGAAACAGAAAGAGCCCAGAAGAAAAGAGAAAUACUGCUGAAAGACUUACAGGAUAGAUGCAUGGAAGCAUAUGUUGCUCUAAGCAGCAAUGUUGCAAGGGGGCAUAACUUGGGACUUACAAUCUGUCUAAUGGCAGUCAUAGCCAAGCUGUACAGCCUCAGCAAAAUGUUCAAAGAAAAAGAAAACACGUCUCGUAUAUCGUACGUAGUAGAAGAGGAAGAUAGCAGCACAGAAAAAGACGACAUCAGCGAUAUAUUCAAUAAGUAG